AUGAGAUAUGAUUAUGACCCAAUCUACGUGCCUGGGAAGGACAUGCACGCAGCGGACACUCUAUCGAGAGCGCCGUUGGAGUCUACCGAAAAUGCGAAGGAUGCACUGGAAACUCAAGUGGAAGCAUACGUUAACUGCGUCGUAGGAAACCUACCAGCAUCUGACAAACGCUUACAGCAAAUACGCGAUGCUACCGCAGCAGACCCAGUGAGUAGAACAUUGGCUAAACAUGUUCUCGACGGUUGGCCAGACCAUAAAGCUGACGUUCCAGAUGCGAUAAAGCCGUUUUGGAGUGUAAGAAGCGAUCUGUCAAUCGCCCAGGGAAUCAUCUUCAAAGGUGAUCGAUUGUUCAUACCAUCUGUGUUACGUCCAGAUAUAAUUGAGAAAAUUCACGAAGGCCACAUGGGUAUAGUCAAAUGCCGUGAAAGAGCACGGUCGUCUGUGUAUUGGCCAGGUCUAAGCCGCCAAAUAGAGGACAUAGUAAAUUCAUGUUACAUGUGCGCAGAAAACAAAAACGUCCAACGAGAGCCGUUAAUGCAAACACCUAUACCGGUUCGCCCAUGGAAAAUCGUGGCGACUGACUUGUUUCACUUGAAAGGGAACACUUACUUAUUAAUUGUUGACUACUACUCGCGGUUCGUCGAAGUAAAAUUAUUAACUACGACGACAAGUGAUGUCAUAGUUGAAAAGAUGAAGGCAACGUUCGCGAGGCAUGGUAUUCCGGACACUUUGAUAUCGGACAAUGGUCCUCAAUAUGAUUCAGACGCGUUCAAAGCAUUCGCAAACGACUACGCUUUUGAACACAGAACGUCAAGUCCUCGCUAUCCACAAGCAAAUGGAGAAGCGGAGCGAGCU